AUGCUGCGCGCUUACGCUUACCUUUUGCUUUGGUCGUGCCAGUCGCCUUGGCCGGUCUUUUCUUCUUCGCCGCCUUCUUCGGUGUUGUUAUCUCUGCCGCUGGCGCCAUGUCAAACUCAGCGUCGUCAUUUCCUUGGUCUUUUCCCGUUUCCACGUAGUCUUCAUCUCCGCUAUCACUCCCAUCCUCAUCAGCAGAAGCAGCAUCGGCAGCAAGCUCUUCUGCAUACAAUGCUGCGACAGGCGCCUUCCCUUUCAAUCGCGGCGCUCUUGCCAGCAAAUUGUAAUGCCCCACUAGUGCGCCCUUCUUCUGGUACGUAG